ACUCCCGCACCGUCUUUUUUUCCUCUCAAUCCGUCCGCGCGCUGUACACAUUAUCUGUCGGCGCGCGCUCGCGAUGUUUGCUCCGGCGUUUCGAAGCGAGCAAUAAUACGGGCUGCGGGCGCUUUUCAGUUACUUGGAGCAUCGCGACGUUCGCUAUCGCGCUCGAGAUUUUCCGAAGUCUGUGGAAAUCUUCUCCGACGACGUGCUGAUGAUGUCUUGGCUGAUCGUUUUGCUCCUAUUGCUGUCGAAAAGCAGCAACUCGGCGGCGACGCUCCAACACAAGCAGCACUGUCUCUUGACGGAUGUUCGGGAGGCCAGCGAUGAAAGGGAUACGAACGAGCUGAUCUGCUCACUGGGUCUGCCCUUGCCCUGGAAUGUCGAAAGCUCGAUUACAGUGAGGGCCCUGACUAUUCAAAACUGGCAGUCCGAAACUUUGGACCCCGCUGCGAUCCUGUCGAAGCUGCCAUUUUUGCGACGGUUCACCAUUGACAAUGGGACCCUCAGUAGAAUACUCACACCCUUUCCACCAGAAGCCCGCUUCCUCGAGACGGUGGAAAUCACCGACACGGCUCUGCGCGCAUUACCGAGGCGGGCCUUCGCCGAUCUAUCGGCGCUACGUCGGCUUGAUUUGCGAAACAAUGCUCUUGUUCACAUCGAUCCGCGGGACUUGAUUGACGUCCCGACACUGCAAGACGUCUAUUUGGCAGGUAACCAGUGGAGCUGCGACGACGAGAGCUCGUCCUGGUUCGCGAACGCGACGUUCGGCUCGUUGGUUCAACGCAUCGUGGACAGGGAGGAGUUGCGCUGCUCGACGCCGCACAAAGGUCGGCCCCUUCUGCCAGUCAUGGAAGUCAUACAGCGAUUGCGAGAGGAGUGUCGGCAGCUGGAGGUCUGCGAGUGCGAGCUCGUGUACGUCGUCAACAGCGCGGGGCCAGGUCUGCAAGCUCGUCAGCGACAGUUUAUGGCUUUCGCUUCCGUCAACUGCAGCCAUCGCGGUUUUACCGAUAUGCCGGCCUUCCUCCCUGCCAACACCACUACUCUGCAUCUCGAGGGCAACAAGAUCAGUGACCUGACACCCCUCAAGUCAAAUCCCGUGUACAAGCGCGUGCUCGACCUCUACCUCGACAACAAUUACGUCGAGUCUGUGGCUUUGCUGGACGGCACUUAUUGGCUCGAGCAGUUUCGGCUUCUCAGUCUGCGCGGUAAUAAGCUGACCGACUUCCCGACGUAUGCGCUGGAAAACGUUCUGCCGCACAGCGAGAACGCGGUAAGCCUCUACCUGGGCAAUAAUCCGUGGAGAUGCGACUGCCAGUUUACGCCGGGAUUUCAGGAGCUCCUCAUAAAAUACGGAAAUCUGGUCAAGGACAUAAGCGACGUCAGGUGCUCGGCUACGGGAAACGGCGAAUUCGGCAACAAACAGAUCCGCGAAUUAUCGAGGACGGAAAUUUGCGUGCCGCCGGACGACGAUUACUGGCUGUAUCCGCUUGAUAUUCUUAACGUCCUGCUGGGCUCUUUGAUUUUUCUCAUCCUCGGCAAGCUCCUCUACGACUACUGGUCUUUCAAGCGAACCGGUAAGCUACCCUGGCUCGUUGCCAGGAUACCCUGAGAGAAAGAGAGAAAGAGAGAUCUACAGUAUAUACCUAUAUAGACAGCGCCAACCCGUAAAGGCUCAACACCCUUUUAUAUGAUCCUGAUCGUAAUUUUUCAAUUCCUCGCGGCUAAAUUGCUCGCGAAAGAGGACCAGUUUGUCGAAAAUCCAUAAAUUCCGAGGACGAAAUUGCGUACCUCAUACGCGAUCUGCGCGUGACGCCGUCGAAGGAGAAACCGAUAUGUCUGUACGUAGGCGUGAAGCUACUCGGAGAAUUCGCGCACGGGCUCGUCGUUAAACUUCGACGAUCCGCGUGCAGUGCGAGCGGAUGAUUCUAUAUCAUUUUUUGAUGGCGUUUUAAUUAUUCAACCCUGUGGGACGAUCCGUCAGCAACGAGCGACGGAGUUUGCAUAUCAAGCGAUCGAGAAUAUUCUUUCGCGCUGAUAUUUUUGUACAUAGUGUUAUGAAUACAAGAUUGUUUUUAAAGCAAA